AUGCCCAGGGUGCGGGUUCAGGCCUGCUGCACACUCAGCAAUGCCACAGGUUGGGGGCCGCCAGAUGGGGCCACAUUUGGGGGUCCCCCUGGUGUGGUCAGGUUCUGCUUUGGCCUCCGAUCCUCAGAGAGGCCUCUCUGCUCUGGCACUGCGACCACCAUCGCGGCCUCCCUGAGCACCAAGGCCCUUCCCGCUCCUGCCAGCCCAGCCCGGCAGAGCCUCCCUGUGCAGCGCGGGCUCCUGGCGCCAUCUAGCGGCCGCCCGGCGCGAGCAGGCGUCCUGCGCCCCUGCGCCGCGCUCGCUCGAGUGGGGCGGCUGCCCCGGGCCCCGCCCCUACCGUCCGCACCCCAAGGCGGGGCCCCCGCGGUCAAGGGGCGCGGAAAGAGCCCGGCCCGAGCCCAGCCGAGCGCGAUCAGGGCCGCCCAGCCGUCGGCCUCGCGCCCCUCUCCCUGCCGGGCUCAGCCCAUCCUCCCCAGGCCGAGGCCUCCGGAAGGCGAGCGGGCGCGGCCUCGGCCGAGCCAUCCGGACCCGAGGGUGUGCGCGACUCACAGGGCCACGCCGGGCUGGGGACCGGCUCACGGCCAGGGCCCUGGCGUCCGCGAGCCCUCUCUAGCCACGGCUUCCCCUCCCCACCCCUCUUCCCUCUCUGUCGCUUGCAAAACCACCUUGCAGAGGGAGAAAACCGCCUGUGGGCGAGCAGCAGGCCCUGUUGCGGAGAAGCCGCGUUCGCGCCGGCUCGGCUCUGCUCUCCGUCCCUCCAAGCUGCAGGUUCUCGGAGCCAGCCGCUCCGAUCUGAGGUCAAAAGUGUCGGCCCCGCAGUCAGACCUCAGACCGCUUGGACCCCGACGGCGCCCAGUUCCACCGCGGACCCUCUGCUGGCCUCCUGCGUCCUGUGGUGGCCGAGGACCCUCGGGGAUGCGCGCUGCUCGCUGGGCACAGGGCCUGGCUGAUGGCCGGGUGCGGGCGUCGCUGGAAACCGUGUUCAGUCCUAACCUCGUCCUGCUUCUGUCACCCCCACCCCUGGACUGUGGGGCCUGCGGGGCGCUAGGCCGUGCACUCGGUCUCUGCUGUCACCCCGCGCCUCCCAAGGCCACAGGCCCGCCUGGUCCUAGGAGCCUGCUCUCCCGCGGUACUGUGAAGAUGCCAAGAAGGAAGAGUGCUGCGUUAAAUGGAACCUCCAGGGAUGAUAAAGGCGGCGUCUUCCGGAUGCACGCUUCGCCCCGCCCCAUGACCUCAAAGGUACACUUCCGGGACAGGAAGUGA